AUGAGCGCACGCGGGGCCGAGCCGGGGGGGCAAAGCUCCGGUUCCCGGGAGCCCGUGGGGGCCGCGGAGACCCAGAAGAGACGACCCGGGAGACCCAGGAAACCCCAGAAGGUAAAAGCCUGAAGCCGGGUCCGAGCCUGAACCGGUCUGAGGGUCCUGAUCCAGACUGGUUCGGUUCGUUCUGAUAGUUUGACCCGUUUUUACCUGUUUUUACCGGCUCUGAUCCGGUUUGUUCUGAUAGAAAACCUGUUCAAACAUCUUCGAUCUGUUUGUCCCUGAAAGGCUCCUGUUAGUGUGUGUGUGUGUGUGUGUGUGUGUGUGUGUGUGUGUGUGUGUGUGUGUGUGUGUGUGUGUGUGUGUGUGUGUGUGUGUGUAUUUUAUUCACUCCUACAAACUAAAAGGUAAAGUUUUUUAUUAAAAUGAGUUCACGAAGUGUGGAAGGUAGCAAAGUAGGGGAGACCGGGGCUUGUCGUCACAUUGCAAUUAUCUUUGCCACCAGAGGGCGCAACUAAAAAGUGGAAUACUAGUUUUCUUCCUUUGCAUGGCCAGAGGUCGUGUCUGAGAAGGGAACACUGUGAGCUGAGAUGAGCACCAAUAAACCAUUUUAAAAAUGAAGUUUAACUUAAUUUGAUUUAUUUUCGGCUCUGAGGAGAUUUUCUGUUUCCGUGUGUUCACCGACUCACCUGAGUUUACCUGUUUACACACAUGAACACGCACAGGAGGAGAGCGGAGAGGGAGAGCCUGCCCCUAAGAGACCGAGGGGGCGUCCGAAAGGAAGCAAGAACAAGGGACCACCCAAGGCAGCAACCAAGGUAGCAAGGACAAACACACACACACACACACACAGGUGUGUUCAGGUGUUUUUUUCAGGGUGUUGGACUCAGUCUCAGAAACAUAAAACUGUCGGAUUAUUAAUUCAUCAGGUUUUAUAUUUCACUAAACUCCCCAUCAAUUAUACAUACACACACACACACACACACACCCCUGUGCUGGGCUCUGAUUGGCUGAUAAAUCUGAUGAGUCAUGAUUCUGACCUGGUGAUGAAGGUUCUGAUCUGUCAGACAGACUCGGUGUUUAAACUCUGAGCAGGUACAGACGGGUUCGAACAAACAGGUGUUUUUAUUAUCGUUACACUGGAGAGACAAACAGCCAAUCAGAGAGCUCGGUGACCUCUGAGGAGAAAAAAAACAUUCAGGUGAAAAUUUAGAUGCUAACAGGUGAAAAAGUUCAAACACCUGAAUCAGAGACAGAGGAUCAGCCUAUCAAAGCCGACUCUGUGUGUGUGUGUGUGUGUGUGUGUGUGUGUGUGUGUGUGUGUGUGUGUGUGUACUUACCUCACCUGGCUCAGGUUACAGCUGGUCUGACACAGACAGGUCCUUCAUGGAUCUCUUUGAUCCAGGUCCAGACCCGGGUUCAGGUUCUGCUUCACGUGUAUUUUUAUGAUCUCACAGGUUAAACUCUGACACCUUACCUGAGUGACUCAGGUGAGCUCAGGUGUGAGUCUGAGUUCAGAGUUUAGAAAAAGGAUCUGAAGUUUGGGUUAGAGACUGAAAAACCCUGUAAUAAGUAGAUUGUUAACAUGGAUCACUGCGAAGGUCACAGUGAAAGGUUUGUUUGUUUGUUUGUUUGUCUGUUUGUUUGUUUGUUUGUUUGUUUGUUUGUUAAUAACAGGGGAAGUCCGUCUGAUUCUGUUUCUGUGUUUAUUCAGAAAUCUGAGGUGAGCAGCGGGAAGAGACCGCGAGGACGACCACGGAAAUGGGCGAGUCUGACCUCACAUAAACACACACACUGAUCUUUACCGUUCAACCGACUGUGAUGUGUUUCUUUUCAUAGUAACGAUAAAAAAGGACCCUCUACCCUCUCCUCUCUCUUUCUUCUCCUGCAGCCUCAGCAGGUGGUCCAGAAGACCUCCGCUCAGGUGAGACACACCUGUCCCUUUGUGCUGAUGUCUCUUUCCUGCUUCAGUCUGUAGAUCUUUGGCUCCUCAUGGUUGAAGGUGAUAGCAGGUGUGUUAUCUGAGUAAACACUUUGACUUAGUCUGGUUCAGCCUCUUCAUUAACUCAGUGAACAGGUGAGAGGACAGGUGAGAGGACAGGUGAGAGGACAGGUGAGAGGACAGAUGAGACCCUCUGAGAUGAGCUUCAAACUGAAAACAGCCUCGUGUUUUUAUAUUAACAGGAAGAAGAAGAAGAGGAGGAGGAGGAGGAGGCUGCAGAGGAAGACUAA